CACCGAGACGAGCGUCAAUCCUUCUUCGAGGCAAGCCGACGCAUGAAGCUCAACCCGAACGCGAUCUCCUUUGUACCGACAUGGUCGUCUGCGCCGCCCGCGCCGCCGCCGCCGCCUCCGCCCAUGCCCGCCGAUCCGCAGUACACGAAUGAGUGGGACACUGCCAACGGCGGCGGCUGGGCUGACGACGACGGCGCAGCCUUUGGCGACGACGCCGAGAUUGACGAGCUCCUCGCCGAGAUUGAGCGCGUCCAAAUGGAAGAAGAGCUGAGUCGCGAAUACAAUGAGCUCAAGGCGCAGGGCAAGACGGAAGAAGCCGAGCUCUGGAGCCGCUGGAUGGUCUCGCCGCCGUCGCCGCUCUCGCCGCCUGCGCCGCGCCACCACAAAAAGCACACGCACCACCAACCCACCCAGUACGGCAAACAGCCGUACCACAACAGCUACAAGAGCCGCAGCGGCCCGCUGUACAAUCCGCGCGGCACCUACGCACCGCACAAUCCGGUCACGGCCUCGGUGCCCUUCCAAUAGGUCAACGCACCGCGUGUAGAUUCCCAACCUUUCCCCGUAUAGUAAUUAGUACCUUACCCUCACCCUGCUUCUGGUUGUGGCUUUACACCGCAACUUCAUCGUCAUCAACAAGCAGCUCGUACGGGACAUGGUGGUGGGGGUGCUUGGCACGCUUGCCGAGGUGGCGGCUCU